ACCAGCGAGUCGCUGCACAAGCAUUUUUACAGAAUUCUUCAUAUGGCAACAAUUUUAUCUGUCAAAAGUGUCAAACAACUGUCAAAAUGUUGACAGCUUCUGUUACCAAACAAUAUUGAUAUUUGUGUCACAUUUAUGUGAGUUUUUAUUUGCAAACAUAUGUUUGACCAGCGAGUCGCUGCACAAGCGUUUUUAGAGAAUUCUAUAUAUGGCAAUAAUUUUAGCUGUCAAAAGUGUCAAAAAUAUUGUCAAACGAGUUUACACAUAACCUAGAUUCUCAAAUUCUCAUGUUAGUUCAUUCGUUACGGAAGUUUAUAGUUUAUAUCGUAUUAUAAUGGCUAAACCGAUUAGAAGCAGUGUGAGGAGCAUGUUAUUUACGAUAAUCUGUAACUAUAAUCAAGUUCGACACGACGAAAAUGAGAGAUUACUAGAAAAGAAGCGAAUAUUGGACGAAAUCAUUCAGGCGACCGCGGGCGUAGAUGACGAAAAUGUUAGAGAAACUAUUCAAAAGCUAGCAAGCGAACUGAAGAAUGUUAUUGAUAAUAACGCAUCAGAAUCAAGUUAUUUAGAGAAAGUGUCUACUAUGACAGGUGCAAGCAUUCGUACACUACGCACAAUUAAAAAAGAGGGUUCUAUUAACCAAGGCCAAUGGAAUACGCCAGGGAAAAAACGACCCCGGCCACCAACUGUGUCAAAUUUAGACAAUUUUGAUGUGUCAGCCAUCCGUAAUAAAAUUAAUGAGUUUUAUUGCGUCAAAAAGCAGGUACCUACUCUAAGAGCCUUACAUGCGGAUUUGAAAGAAUCUAUAGGAUUCUCAGGAUGUUGUGAAACACUGAGGAAAAUACUACACGAGAACGGGUUUGAGUUUAAAAAAAAUAAAGAAGAGCGCUCCAUCCUCAUGGAAAAGUUUGAAAUAUCUGGGUGGAGGCAAAGGAAAGACUUACAAGGAGUUUCAAGUAUACACACAGACUUUCAAGUUACCUCCCUGCACAGACGAGAUCCUCCAGACUGA